AUGGAGCACCCUGUCCCUGGGGGGCUACAGGGGGAGAAGGAGGAGGAGAGGGUGCUGGUGUCGGAGAAGAGCUGGAGACCCUGCCCCAAAGCCAGGAAGAGGCUCCGAGGUUGCCUGGAGUGGGUGAAGAGGCAGCUUUUCCGUGUUGGUGAGGACUGGUAUUUCCUCUUUGUCCUGGGGGUCCUCAUGGCCACCAUCAGCUUCAUGAUGGACUUCAUCGUCUUCAGACUCUUUGAGGCCCAUCGGUGGCUUUACCAAGAGGUUGGUGACAUCUUGGUGCUCAAGUACCUCUCGUGGACCAUGUACCCCACGGCGCUGGCUGCCUUCUCCACUGGCUUCGCCCAAAGCAUCACCCCGCACUCGGGAGGCUCUGGCAUCCCAGAGUUGAAGGUCAUCCUGACAGGCGUGGUGCUGGAGGAGUACCUGGCCAUCCAAAACUUUGGAGCCAAGGUGGUGGGCUUGACCUGCACCCUGGCAUGUGGCAGCACCGUUUUCCUUGGCAAAUUGGGGCCCUUUGUCCACCUCUCUGUCAUGGCUGCGGCGUAUCUGGGGAAGAUGAGGACCAAAGUCACGGGGGAGUACGAGAACAAGUUCAAGCAGAACGAGAUGCUGGUGGCAGCCCAAGCUGUGGGGAUUGCUUCAGUGUUUGGGGCACCCAUCAGUGGGGUGCUCUUCAGCGUCGAGGUGAUGUCUUCCCACUUUGCUGUCCGGGAUUACUGGAGAGGCUUCUUUGCUGCCACCUGCAGCGCCUUCAUGUUCCGGCUCCUCGCCGUCUUCAACAGCGAGCAAGAAACCAUCACUGCGGUUUUCAAGAGCAACCUCAAGAUCGAUUUUCCCUUUGACCUCCUGGAGACCUUCUUCUUUGCCAUUCUGGGGGCUGUCUGCGGGCUGCUGGGCUGCUGCUACCUCUUCUGCCAGCGCUGGCUGCUGGGCGCCGUCAAGCAGAACCGGCUGACGGCCAGGCUGCUGGCCACCGACAAACCAAUCUACUCCGUGCUGGUGGUGCUGCUCCUGGCCUCCAUCACCUUCCCUCCGGGGCUGGGGCAGCUGAUGGCUUCCAGGCUCACCAUGAAGGAGUACCUCACCUCCCUUUUCGACAACCGCACCUGGGGCACGCUGGUGCCCAACAGCACCUCGGUGGCACAAGGCCCUGGCACCGACCUCUGGCUGGACUGGUACCACCCCUCUGCCACCAUCUUUGGCACCUUGGCCUUCUUCCUGAUGAUGAAGUUCUGGAUGCUGAUCCUGGCCACCACCCUGCCCCUCCCUGCAGGCUACUUCAUGCCCAUCUUUGUCUAUGGAGCUGCCAUUGGGCGCCUGCUGGGGGAGAUUGUGGCCCUGCUCUUCCCACGGGGGCUCAGCUCAGAGGGGGACCUGCACCCCAUCAUCCCCUGUGGCUAUGCCCUGGCUGGCGCCGCUGCCUUCUCAGGCUCCGUCACCCAUUCCCUCUCCACGGCUCUGCUGGUGUGUGAGGCCACAGGUCACCUGGGCCACCUCCUGCCCGUGGUGGUGGCUGUGCUGGUGGCCAAUGCCAUCACCCAGAAGAAUCAACCAUCCUUCUAUGAUGGCACCAUCAUCGUCAAGAGGCUGCCCUACCUGCCCCGCAUCCGCAGCCGGCACAUGGCCUCCUACCAAGUGGUGGUGGAGGAGUUCAUGGAGCGCCAGGUGGUGGCCCUGGCCCGGGGCGAUGGCUUCGAGGAGGUGCUGAUGGCCUUGGAUGGCUCUGCUGACGCUGAGUACCCUGUGGUGGAGAGCGCAGAGUCACCCACACUGGUGGGCACCGUCAGCAGAGCCCAGCUGGUCACCUACCUCCAGAGCCACAAACACCCCCAGGCCCCUCCAGGGGAGAAGCUGGCCACAGCAGGGACCCUUGGGGACAGCUGCCCCAUCGAGCCCAUCAUGCUCCAGCUCUCACCACGGACCUCCCUGCACCAGGCUCAUCACCUCUUCGAGCUGCUGAAGCUGCAGCGAAUCUUCGUCACUCGCUCCGGGGAGCUGGUGGGAGCCGUCGGCAGGGCGGAGCUGCGCAGAGCCAUCGAGGAGCUGGCGAACCCCAAGUGA